CACAGUGGCACACCACAGUUCUCAACAUGACCACGUGGAUCCAUGGCUUCCACUCCCAAAUCCACCCUCUAGAGACACUGAGAACCCUAAUAUAAUCUCUCUGAUUCUCUGCAAUUCCUCAAUUCCAAUUCCAGAGAAAUGGCUUCUAUGGGCUUGUCCACCAUUUUCUCUGUCACAGCACCUUUACAGGGUUUCAGUCAGACCAACGCAAACCCGUCAUGGGCAUCCUCCCCGGCUAUGGUUUUUGUCAACCUCUCCAGCAGAACCCCAACUGGGUUCUCUAAAUCAACCCUUUUACACCACGGGCUCCCCGUUCAAUCCUCAGAAUUUCCUGGUACGCUCUUGAAAUCUUCGAGAAAGGCAGGUAUUGUGUAUGCAAGAGCGGCGACGGAAAAGAGCAUCCAUGAUUUUACUGUGAAGGAUAUUGAAGGGAAGGAUUUUUCUCUGAACAAAUUGAAAGGGAAAGUUCUUUUGAUUGUUAAUGUUGCUUCAAAAUGUGGUCUAACUUCAUCAAAUUACACUGAGCUGUCCCACAUUUAUGAGAAGUACAAAACCCAAGGUUUUGAGAUUCUAGCUUUCCCCUGCAAUCAAUUUGGUGGUCAAGAGCCUGGGUCAAAUGCAGAUAUAAAGCAAUUUGCUUGUUCAAGGUUUAAAGCUGAAUUUCCUAUUUUUGAUAAGAUUGAUGUGAAUGGACCAAAUACAGCUCCAGUAUACCAGUUUCUCAAGUCAAGUGCAGGAGGAUUCUUAGGUGACCUAAUUAAGUGGAACUUUGAGAAGUUCUUGGUGGAUGGAAAUGGAAAGGUUGUAGAGAGAUACCCACCAACAACCUCACCUUUCCAGAUUGAGAAGGACAUUCAGAAACUCCUUGCAGCAUAAAUCUCAAACAACUGCAGACAAAAAUUGCAGGAUUUUCAUUGUACAUGUGAAAUAAAGCAUGUAAAUUUCCAGAUGAGUUUUGCACUUAGUUUAUGUUAAUGCAUCAUAGUUACUGUAAGUUGUUUUUGACAUUGUUAACGCAUCAUAGUUCUUGUAAGUUGUUUUUAAAAUCUAAGCUUGAAAUUGCUUCAUCUGUUUUAAACCUGAUGAUUGAAUGUAGCUGCUAUAUUGGGUGAA